ACCAACUGGACGGAGCAGACAGACCACGCACGGAUAGAAUACCUCAGGAAAUGUAGAAUCGUACCCAAAAAGAGGGUAACACUCAUUCAGAGCAUUUAUCUACCAGCAAUGGUUGACAUUUUAAUCCACACUUAAAUACAUGGUCUGUUUCCGUCUGUAAAGCAGAAGCACUUGUUGCCACAAUGGCCGAUGGUCGUCAAGUGACCUUCUCGAAGAGCCAAUCACCGCUCGACGUGAGAGGCUGCUGGCCAAUGAGCGUCCUCUCUCAUAUCGCGUACUUUUCCGCGCUUGAAUCGCACCAGGCGGUGAAGACGGAUCAAUAAAUUACACAAGCCUCUAAAGAAAGGAACGAACCGAUCGGUUGUUACAACAUCGGGUGGUAAAAUAAUGUAAAUAUCAGCUUAUGGUUUUCUGGUCCUUCUUGCUGUAGUAGAUAGCGGGCUUCUAUUUCAAAGCCAUGAAACGGAUCAUUUGCUAAUCAGUGUAAUUUAACCUUCAUGAGCGGACAUUUUCUUUCACUCACGCUAACAAACGAAUAUUUCUUCUGCUUUGUCUGUUGGUUGACGAAUGGACAAAAAUAAUUCGUUAAACUGUUUUUCCCCGUUUAAUUUCCGCCAACGCACAUUUAAAAUAACGUACAGCAGGCUAAUAUUAUGCAAGUAACGCUAGUUAGCUAACGUUAGCUAAUGCUAAGGGGUUAGCUACAUUUGGUCUCCUCUCCGCAGCAGCGUUAGCCGACGAGGAGCUAGCGAGGAGCAGCUAACCAGCAGCAGCUAACCAGCAGCCGCUAACCAGCAGUCGCUAACCAGCAGCCGCUAACCAGCAGCCGCUAACCAGCAGCAGCCCGCGUCCUCUCGGGGGAAAUGGCGAGCAAAGACUCCAUUUUGGAAAGUGUUGAAGAGAUGGAUGACAGCCCAGAUUCUGGCAGUGACUUUGAGGUCGAGUUGAAAGCCAAAAAGCGGGGGAAGAUGGCGGUAGCCGCACCUAAGUCACCCAAGAGACCCAGGCGUAAAGCUGCAUUGAGUGUGUCCAGCCGCAGCAGCUCCAUCCCCACUUCUCCAGACUCCUCCCUGCAGCAGCGCCCCCCCGGGAGGACAUCCGGGCAGGCUUCUGCCAGACCUGUGACCGCGCUGAGCAAGGGGAGCCGGGGCAUCACUGCAGCGGAUAUCUAUGACGCUGUCUGCUCUGGAAAGACUGCCAUGGUGACGGUGGUGGACGAGUGGCUGGACAGCUACAAGCAAAGCCGAGAGGCGGGGCUGCUGGUGCUCAUCAACUUCCUUGUUCGGUCCUGUGGAUGCAAAGGAGUGGUUAGCAGAGAGAUGUUGGAUAGCAUGCAGAAUGCUGAGAUCAUCGGAAAACUAACCAAAGAGUUCAAUGAGGAUUCAGUGAACUACCCUCUGUGUACUCCAGGCCCCCAGCUGAAGCAUUUCAAAGCCGGCCUGUGCGAGUUUGUUCGGGUUCUCGUGAGGUUGUGUCAACAUAGCCUAAUUUAUGAUGAGUACCUCUUCCCAUUGCUGCUGGCUCUGCUCACUGGGCUCUCUGACUCCCAGGUCAGAGCCUUCCGACACACCAGUACCCUGAUCGCCAUGAAGGUGAUGACCGGGCUGGUGGAAGUAGCCGUGGUAGUGUCUGUUCAGCUGCAGACCACCCAGCGACAACACGACCUGGAGAACAGCAAGGGGCCACAUGACCAAGCCCCUGGCAGACUGGAGGAGCUGCAGGCCACCGUCUGUGAGCUGCGGGAGAACAGAGAGGAGCUCUCCUGCAUGAUGAACGCCACGUUCCGCGGUGUGUUUGUGCACCGUUAUCGUGACCAGCUGUCUGACAUCCGGGCUACGUGCAUUGAGGAGUUGGGCAUGUGGCUGCAAAAGGACCCUGAAGACUUCCUGAAUGAUGGAUGCAUUAAAUAUCUGGGGUGGACCCUGUAUGACAAGCAAAGUCCAGUGCGUCUGCGAUGUGUGCGCGCCCUGCAGGCUCUGUACCAGGAGAAGGAAUUCAUUGGCCGCCUGGAGCUUUUCACCAGCAGAUUUAAAGAGAGGAUGCUCUCCAUGGUGCUGGACAAGGACCCGGAGGUGGCAGUGGAAGUGGUCAAUCUCUUGCUGUUGCUCCAACAGAACACGGAGGAAGGUCUAACAGAGGAGGAGUGCGGUCACAUCUAUCCUCUGGUUUACGCUUUAAAUCCAGCCCUCGCUUCUGCGGCCGGCGUCUUCCUCUUCAAGAAGCUGAAGACUGUGCUCGCCAGCGACCACCAGGAGAGCGAUACAAGCGAAAAUGCAGGCUUCUUUCAAAUCCUCAUCUCCUUCUUCCUCCAGAGUGAGUUCCACAAGCACGGCGCUUACCUGGUGGACAGUCUGUGGGCCGUGGCGAGGUCUGAGCUCAGAGACUGGGGAACUAUGACGGCGUUGCUGCUACAGGAGUCUGGUCUGAUUUACGAGGAGGAGGGGGUUCUCAUAGAGCUGAUGAUGUGUGCCGUCAGACAGGAAGCACAGGGAACCCCCCCUGUCGGGAGAACUCAGGGCAAGAAGAACCCGACCAUGAAGAAUAAGAAGGUCCAGGAACAAGUCAGGAGUCGCAUCACCUCACACUUCAUCCCGUUACUGCCCCGGCUGCUGGCCAAGUACUCACCAGACGCAGAGAAGGUGAGCCUCCUCCUCAAAGCUCCCCUGUACUUUUCGCUGGAGAUGUACAGCAGCACUGCAGGGCUGGAGAAGCAUUUGGACCUGCUGCUGUCGCAGGUAUCGGGCAUUAUUGAGAAGCACACGGAUGCCACCGUGCUGGAGGCUUGUGGCACCCUGGUCAGCACCCUCUGCGACGACCGCUACACCUUCUCCCCCCGCACCAACCGGGCCUUCAGCCAGCUGAUGGACGGCCUGACGGAGCACUUCAACGCCUACCUGAGUGACCUGCUGCAGGGUACUGCGGAUGACGACGAUGUUUACACUGCAGCCAGUGCUUUGAAAAGGAUUGCCGCCCUGAGCAGUGCCAUGGACCUGACUGGCUGCAAGCUGUUCGACUCGUGUCUGGAGCUUCUGAAGAGCAGGAUCGAGUCCAGUUGGACUCCAUCCGCUCCGGUUGGAGAGUUGGACGAGGAGCUCAUGGUGUCGGCCUUAAGAUGUGCUGCCUUUUACCUGAUGUGGGCUAAAGUGAAUGCGGUUAACUCCACACCAGCUGAGGAGGAAAUGAACCGUCUGAAGAAGGAGAUGCGUUCCUUCUGCAGAGUUUGUGAAACGUGUCUGUCUCUGAACCAGAAAGGGAUCCGAGAUCAGACGUUUGAGCUGUUGUGUGACCUGCUGCUCUUGUACAGCGCGAGUUCCGCCCACGUUGAACCCGACCUCCAAGCGCUGGUCUGCCUGCCGUCGGAUUCCCUGCGCUCAGAGAUGGCCUCUUUCCUGCUGGACUACAUCUUCUCCGACUCUGAAGCUGCUGAGCUCGACGUUGGGCGUGAGGAGGCGAUGAAGAUUACUCUUCUCCAGAGGCGGCGCAACCAGCUGGCCGGCUACUGCAAGAUGGUCCUCUACGGGGUGCUGGACCUCACCGCUGCCACCAACGUCUUCAAGCACUACGACAAGUACUUUAAAGACUUUGGCGACAUCAUCAAAGAGACAGUGAGCAAGAGCAAGGUCAUCGAUCCCGUACGGAGCGCCAGGACCGUCUGCCUGUGUCUGCAGCAGAUGUUCUCAGAGAUGCUGGCGGAGGAACCCAGCCAGCAGGAUGUCGGCGCGAUCCGGAACUUGGCCAAGCGGCUCGCCAUGAGCUUCGGCGUCGAUCUCAGGCGUGCCCGCAAACCGCUGGUGGCCCUGCACGUGGAUGGUGUGCGUUUUGCAUUCCGGGAGCCAGCAGAGGGCGAGGAGCAGCAGGCGAAUGUGGCCUUCCUGGAGAUCCUCAGCGAGUUCAGUUUCAAGCUGCUUCAACAGGACCGUGUUCACUUGGCCGCGGUCCUGAAGGCCGAGUGUCCCGAUGCUGCCCUCUCCUGGCCGUCAGUCAGACUGUAUGAGCGCUCCUUGGGGGGCCGCUCCUCUGCUAAAGCCAGAGUGACGGGGGAGGGAGGCAAUGCCGACUUCUCCCACGAAGCCCCCGCGGCGAAGCGCAAGAGGUCGACUCCUCCGGUCCGAGGAUCCUGGUUGGACGGCUCUAGCGUCCACAGCAGCCUUCCCCCUCCAGCCUUCACCUCCACGGCACAGAGACAGCCGGCCUCCAGGGCCGCCGCGUCCGAGCCGGGGUCCGAGGACGAGUUCUCUCUGGGGUCCAGCAUGCGAAAGGUGAAGACCAGACACCAGACGCCGUCCUCCAGUCAGACCGUCCCCACUGUGGAUAUGGAGGACAUCAACUCCCCCCUCAACUUACUCUCUCUGAUUGAUGACGACGAAGAAAACGAAGAGGAUCCUGAUAUUGAGGAUUACGAAAGUGACUUCGACAAUGAUUCUGCAUAUACACUGCCUUCCACCCGGCACACGUCUGCUAGCGUCCUCAAUGAGCUGUUUGACUGAGGCCUCGACGUCCUGAGGAGCCGCUCUUCUUUUCAUCGUUUGAGCUCAGUACAUCUUUACUGAGUCCUCCGGUCGGCUCUAGUUUAGUCCUCGUUUUGUUGGAGGAAAAGAGAAAGGCAUAAUUGGUUAUGACAUUUUGGGGAAAAGGUUGUUCACGUUAAGUAUUGAAGUUCAUUUAGAUCCCUGUUGACUGAUUCUUCCCUCUGUUGUGAAUUUAGUCAUAUUUUUCACUUGUGAAGACUACAUCUUUUUGUGUGUGACACUUGUUGAUUAAAACAUGGUUGAUUGAACUAAAAGGCACUGAAAGUAUCUUUAGUAUCAUAAGAAGAAUUGUCUGAAUUAAAGUGUGAUGCACAUA